AUGUCGGGCCAAACUCCCUAUGAGGCAGAAUUUGAUCGCGCCGCCAGGCGUCUGGGAGAGCUUGCCAAGACAGAUCCCCAGGUCGCCGCCGUCGUGCCCGACGACAGGGUGACCAGGGCCAUCCAAGAUCCGAGCCUCAGCUAUCAACAAGUGCUUACCGCCGUGCUCUUUGGCUAUGCGGACAGGCAAGCCCUCGGCGUGCGUGCAUACGAGAUUCGAGACGGCACUCGUCACCAUUUCCCGACCUUCACCACCAUCAGCUACGGCCAACUUGCCAAGCAGGCCGAAGCCAUCUCUUGCGCCUGGCGCUAUGAUCCGCGUUUCGGGGUCCGGCCGGGCGAGUUCGUCUCGUGUGUCGUCUUCACCGGCGCCGAAUUCAUCGCCGUGGACAUGGGCUGCGUCUAUUCGCAAGCAGUCAGCGUGCCAAUCCAAGCCAAUUUGGCGUCCGAUGCCGUGGUCGAGAUCCUGAAAGACACCGCGCCAUCAGCCAUGGUCGUCAGUAUCGAUUACCUUGACCUCGCCACCGACUAUGUGCUCGGGCAGGGCAGCUUCAGAAGCAUGGUCGUGAUCAACGCCAACACAGGGGUCGAUGCCGAGAGAGAAGCGAUCGAGCGGGCGCGCUCUCGACUCGAAGAAGCCGGCGGUGGGAUCGCUCUCGCCACCUUCGCCGAGCUGGUGGAGAUUGGCAGGGCCUACGAAUGGACUCCUCUUCCCCCACGACCCGAGGGCCGCGAUGCGCUCUCUAUGCUGAUGUACACCUCGGGCAGCACAGGGACGCCAAAGGGCGCACAGAUCCACGAAGGGAUAUGCCUCAUGUUCUGGACCGAGAUCAAGCGUUGUCUCCCCAUCAUCAUCGUCGCCGACGCGCCUGUGAACCACUGGAUGGGCCGUGUCGAGGUCAUCAUGGCGCUGGCUUCGGGCGGCACCUGCUACUUCACGCUGAAGACCGACCUGUCCACGUUUGUCGAGGACGUUCAGACCGUCCGUCCGACUUUUAUGCAGAUUCUGCCCCGCUUCGCCGAGCUUGUCUACCAGACUCAUCUCUCCGACGUGCAAAGCCUCGUCAGCCGGGGCGUCGACCCAGAUGAGGCUGACGCCCAGAUGCGGAAGAAGCUACAUACCUACCUCGGCGACCGAGUUGCGUGGGGUGUCUUCGGCAGCUCGCCGACUGCGCCCGAAGUGAAGCAAUUCUUCCGCACCUGCUUCGACAUAGGCGUCGGGGAAGGCUAUGGCAGCACCGAGUGCAGCGGCGGUGCGACGACAUUCGGCGAUCGAGUCAACCGCUCUCUGGUGAUCGACUACAAGCUGCGAGAUGUUCCCGAGCUUGGCUACUACACCACCGACAAGCCGUACCCACGCGGCGAGCUGGUUGUGAAGACGCGACACCAGAUCAAAGGCUACUUCAAGCGGCCCGAGGCGACCGCCUCGGUGUUUGACGAGAACGGCUAUGUCAUUACGGGAGACAUCAUGGAGGAGCGUGGCCCCGACCAUAUCGUCUGGCUCGACCGCCGCAGCAACGUGAUCAAGCUCUCCCAGGCGGAAUUUGUUGCAAUCACGCCCCUCGAGAACGCGUACCUCGGAGACAACAACCCGCUGGUCACCCAAAUCUACGUCUACGGCAGCUCCUAUCGCGCCUUUAUGCUCGCCGUCGUGGUGCCGGACAUCGCGUAUGCGGGCAAGCUACUGGGCCACGAACCGUCCGACGAAGAACUGCGAGUCUUGGUGCUGGAGCACCUCCAAGCCCGUGCCCGCGCCGUUGGGCUCAAGUCCUUCGAGGUGCCGCGCGACGUCGUCAUCGAACGCGAACCCUUUUGCCUGGAGAACGGACUCCUCUCCAGCGUGCGGAAGAUACUGCGACCCAACCUCAAACGCCGCUAUGGCGACCGACUCGAGGCGAUCUACGAGAAGAUGGACCGCCAGCGACGGGAGGAGCUGGUGCAGCUCCACAGCACGAACAGCAGCCUGGGGACGCGCGAUCGAGUGGCGGGCGCGUUCAAGGCCAAUCUAGGACUCGCCACCGUCGACCCCUCCGCGCCGCAGAGCUAUCGGGAUCUAGGAGGCGAUUCACUCGGCGCGGUUGGCCUGAACAAGCUGCUGAAGGACUUGUUUCAAGUCUCGCCUCCCGUCAGCAUCAUCCUGAGUCCCGGGGGCAGCGUCGAAGUCCUGGCCAAUUUCAUAGAUCAGGCUCUUGCCGGCCCCAAUGACAGGCCGACUUUCAGCUCGGUACAUGGCAAGAACACGACAUCAAUCCGUGCCAGCGACCUGACCCUGCCGAGCUUCUUCGACACCAAAACGCUGGAAGCAGCAGCCCAGGCCACGCCGCCGCGGACAGAUCAGGCACGCACAGUGCUGCUCACCGGCGCGACCGGCUUUCUCGGCCGUUUCCUCUGCCUUCAAUGGAUGGAGAGCUUGGCCGCCCGUCAGGGCAAGGUGAUCGCAAUCGUACGCGCGCGCGAUGCCGUAACCGCACACGCCCGCAUCGACGGAGCAAUUGGCACAGUCGACAAGGAGCUCACACGCCAUUACCAAACACUGGCAAAGAACCAUCUAGAAGUCAUUGUUGGCGACCUCGCCCUCCCCAUGCUUGGUCAAGGCGAAGAGGAAUUCGGAAGACUAGCCCGCGAGGUCGAUCAGAUUGUCCAUUGUGGCGCGCUGGUCAACCACCGACUCGCCUACCAGGAUCUGUUCGAGCCGAAUGUCGUGGGCACCGCCGAACUUAUUCGUCUCGCGCUCACCGGCCGGCUGAAGCGGUUCGAUUAUGUAUCGACGGUCGGCGUGCCCUAUACGAACCCCAGGCUGCUCGAAGCAACGGAAGAUGCCGAUGUCCGCGUCGACUCCCCGGAGAUGUCGCUUGCUGACAAGUAUGCCAUGGGCUACACUGCCAGCAAAUGGGCUGGCGAGGUGUUGCUUCGCGACGCGCACGAGCUCUUUGGUCUGCCGGUGAACGUGUUCCGCCCAAACAUGAUUCUCGCGCAUUCCACGUAUCGAGGGCAGAUCAACGUGCCAGAUAUGUUUACCCGACUGCUGCUCAGCGUCGUCGCCACCGGCCUUGCCCCACGCAGCUUCUACGAGCUGCAGAAAGACGGCAGCUGCGCGAAGACACAUUACGACGGCACGCCGGUCGACGUCCUUGCCGGUGCGCUGCGUGAAAUCGGCGAUCAGCCGUAUGCCGGCUUCCACAGCUACAACACCAUAAACAUGCACCACGACGACGGCAUCUCGUAUGACUCGUAUGUCGACUGGAUCGAGUCGGCCGGUUAUCCGGUGCAGCGGAUCGAGAACCACGCGGACUGGUACCAGCGCUUCGACUCCAAGCUCCGCAACCUACCUGAACAGGAGCGCCAGCGCUCCUCCCUCAACAUCGUCGAGCACUUCCAAGAGCCACACCCUGUGGAUACACCGACGGUUAGCACGAAGCGGUUUGAGGAGGCUAUUGGCAGCCAGAGAGUGCCGCAUAUUACUGAGGGAUUUAUCCACAAGUAUCUUGGCGACAUGGUGGCUCUGGGUCUUAUAAUGCCAAAGCCUGCAUUGAGUAAUGGGGUUUGA